AUGGCCACCUUGGAAAAGCGUUCUGGUUCGAGAAGUCCAAGGCUAAACAUGGCAGCGCUACAGCCUAAAGGAUGGAAUAGAAUGCGAGACAACAACAACGCAAGCGUGACUUUUGUGGAGGAGAGAAUUGGUGCCUUCGUUGCAACUUAUGCUCAAGGUAGGAGUAGAGAACUCAAUUGCCAUUAUGACAUGGUCAUGAAACCCAAAAACACAUGGCUUCCCAAAGAAGAGUAUUCAUGCUUGUUCUGCACCAUAAGGUCUUCACGGGCCAGCAAUGGUGUCAUUGGCGUCUACUGGGGCCAGAACAAUGGCGAUGGCACCUUGACUUCAACAUGUGACGCUGGAAACUACGAGAUUGUGCUCCUAGCUUUCCUCAACGGCUUUGGUUGUGGGAGACCACCAUCAUGGAACUUCGAUGGCCACUGUGGAGAGUGGAGUCCUUGCACCAAACUCCAAGCCGAAAUAGAAUAUUGCCAGCAGAAAGGUAUCAAAGUGUUGCUUUCCCUGGGAGGAGCCGUCGGAAGCUACUCCCUAUGCUCAUCCCAGGACGGAAAAGACGUUGCCCAUUACCUCUUUCGAAACUUCCUCAGUGGCCAAUUUGGUCCACUAGGAAGUGUAACAUUGGACGGCAUCGAUCUUGACAUUGAAGGUGGUUCCAACUUGUAUUGGGAGGACCUUGUCAAGGAACUGGACACUCUCCGACAUCAAAACCAGUACUUUUAUUUGUCCACAGCCCCCCCACAGUCUGACAUUCCAGACUACUACCUCGACAAAGCUAUCAAAACUGGCCUUCUAGAUUAUGUGUUUGUUCGGUUCUACGAUAACCCUGAAUGCGAAAACUCACUUUUUCGUUUGUGGGACGAGUGGACCUCCUACGUUCUUCCAAACAAUACCGUGUUCUUGGGAUUAACAGCUGCGCGUGGUGAUUGCUAUAUACAACCAUGGUUUCUCAUUGAUGUGGUGCUUCCCUAUGUAAAGCAAGCUUCUAACUAUGGAGGAGUCAUGUUAUGGGAUAGGGCCGGUGAUGUUGGAACUAAUUACAGCGAUGAGAUAAAGGAUUAUGUUCCAAAAAGCGCGUCACGGUUUGUAACAGCAGUUUCUGACGCAAUUUAUGAAGGCGUGUCUGCAGCUUUCCACCGCAUCUUACCCAACAAACCUUUCUAG